CUGGAGGUUGGCGUCCUCCUCCACUCCUCCUGUUCUUCCCAUAAAAAUACCAAACCAAACCCGUUGCCGUCGAGUCAAUUCUGACUCAUAGCGGCCCUGUAGGACAGAGUAGAACUGCCCCAUAGGGUUUACAAGGAGCUGCUUCUGGAUUCGAACUGCCAACCUUUAGCCGCCGAGCUGUUACCCACUGGUGGAAUUGACACUCUGACUCCAGGGUGCCGUCCACUCCAGCGCCUCUCUCUUUUCCAGAAAGCGCCUCAGAUCGCCUGUUUCUCUCCCUGCCUUGGGCCACUGUAUGAGUGAUCAGGGAAGCUUCAUGGAAGAGGACCCUGCCUUUUCUAAAAGGAGAGCCCACAGGAGGGAAUGGCUGCUGUGUCUCCAACUGCCAGACACCAGGAACCAGUGACAUUUGAGGAUGUGGCCGUGAUCUUCACAGAGGAGGAGUGGAGGCACCUGGUACCCAUUCAGAGGGACCUCUACAAGGAAGUGAUGCUGGAGAACUACAGGAGCAUUGUCUCUUUGGGACUUCCAGUUCCUCAACCUGAUGUGAUUUUUCAGUUGAAGAGAGGGGAAGAGGCAUGGAUAGUUGAUCUUCGUGGAUCUGAGGAGAGAGAAUGUCCAGAGAACAUCUCUCUAGAUGGGGAGACUAAGCCUGAGAUUCAAGAUACUUCCGAAGAAGAAAUCUCCAAAGGAACAUUGAGGGAAAGGCUUGGAAGUAAAGGUCCUCUGUGUCCUAAAUUUGAAGUUCAUGUACCAGAGGAUAGGUUGGAAACAGAGAAGGAAAACCCUGCAGUGGAGACUUGCAAGAAAUUCUUUUCCCAGGAGAAAAUCUUGCAGCAAGGUUCAAUCCCUCCCAAGAAAAUUUUCACUAAAGAGAGAGACCAAGAAUGCCGUGACUGUGGGAAGACCUUUUUUGACCACUCAUCCCUUAUCCGCCACCAGAGAACUCACACUGGAGAGAAGCCCUAUGAAUGUCAUGAGUGUGGGAAAGUCUUCAGUCACAGGAGCAGUCUCAGUAGACACCGGAUGUCUCACACUGGGGAGAGCCCCUAUGAAUGCAACGUGUGUGGGAAAGCCUUCUUUGACCGUUCAUCCCUAACUGUACAUCAGCGAAUCCAUACUGGAGAGAAGCCCUUUAAGUGCAGCGAGUGUGGAAAAGCCUUCUUUGACCGUUCGUCCCUUACUCGACACCAGAGAAUUCAUACUGGAGAAAGUCCUUAUGAAUGUAAUCAGUGUGGGAAGGCCUUUAGCCAGAAAAGCAUCCUUACUCGACAUAAGCUAAUCCAUACUGGUAGGAAGCCUUAUGAAUGUAAUGAGUGUGGGAAAGCCUUCUAUGGCAUCUCAUCACUGAACAGACAUCAGAAAGCUCACACUGGGGAACCUCGCUAUCAGUGUAAUGAGUGUGGGAAAGCUUUCUUUGACCGCUCACCCCUUACUCAGCAUCAGAAAAUUCAUACUGGAGACAAGCCAUAUGAGUGCAGUGAAUGUGGGAAAGCCUUUAGCCAGAGAUGUCGGCUUACUCGACAUCAGAGAGUUCAUACAGGAGAGAAGCCCUUUGAAUGUGGUGUGUGUGGGAAAGUUUUCAGUUCUAAAUCAUCAGUUAUUCAACAUCAACGACGUUAUGCUAAACAGGGAAUAGACUGAAUUGUAUUAAAGCUUUAGAGAAAAGGACUGCCAUAAAAUCUUAAGAUAGGUCUUCCCUACCUUAAGUUCAUCAUGUGAUUGUUCCAUCCAUUCUGGCUACUAUUCUCCCCUGCUGCCUCUGUUACCAGAGUGUUUGAAUAAACACUCUAUACUUACUGUCUUAUAGAACUGAUGUGGAAUGCCUGAAAUUAGGAUAUAACUCUAAAGAUCCAAAAUUUUUAAGAAGUUUGUCAGACAGUAGGAUAAAUGUUUGGAGGAGAUACUCAGACACAUUUCUUGUCUGAACAUGGGAACUAAGGCCCCAGGUAUCACUGCACUUUAAAUAACUGGAGGCUACAACAGGAGGGAAAAGGUGAAAUGAUACCAGAGCAGCACUGUUGCUUCUAGUACAGUUCUUUUUUAUAGCUGUUAGUCCCUCUAGGAGCUUUUUAGGGCACUGACCUUGUUAUUUUGUGUCCCAGCUUUUAGAUAUCUUAAUACUACUACUAAUAAUAGCACUUACUGAGAGCUUAUUACAGAAUAAGCACUCAACUCAAAGUUUUACAAGGAAUAGUUUCUUCCAUCUUCUCAAACACCUUAUUAAGUAGGUACUGUUACUGUCCUCAGGAAGUUUCUGGGUGGUGCAAAUAGUGAAGUGCUCAACUACUAACUGAAAGGUUGGCAGUUGGAACCCACCUAGAGGCGCCUUGGAAGAAAGGCCUGGUGAUCUGCUUCCAAAAAGUGACAGCCUUUAAAAUCCUAUGGAGAGCAGUUCUCUUUUGUAAUGCAUGGAGUCUCCAAGAGUUGAAAUCAACUCAAUGGCAACUGGUUUGGAUUUUUAUUAUUACACUUAUUCUACAGGUGAGUAAAGUGAAGUUUAGAGAGGUUAAAUAACUUGCCCAAAGUGACAGAGCUAGUAAAAUGUGAAACCGGGUCUUGAAUACAGGUGUACCUUCAAAGUCCAUUCUCUUUACCAUCAUGCUAUAAGAUUUAAUAUUAUAAUUUGUGUACAUGUAUUAUCUCCUCAACUAGAUUGUAAGCACUUGGAGGUGUGACUUAUAUGUCUUUGUAUCUCACACAGUGCCUUACAUGCAAUAGGUGCUCAAUAAAUAUUUAUCUGAACUAAUGACUUUUCUAUUUCCCAAGUUCUCUCUCUUCAGAACAACUUUCAGAUUUGCAUCCUUUCUCUGAAUUUUCACAGCCUAGUCUAUACCUUUAUCCUCCUAGGCUCACAUUACUUUAGUAGUCACUUCCUAAUUCGAGUUCUUUCCUCUUCAUUGCUGAAGAAGAAUACACUAAGCA